AUGUGUGAAGAGACUCUUGAAAUGUCACGUAUCCGCAAUCUGUGUAACGAUGAAAUAGUCGAACCUCUCGCUGACCAGAGACAGAGAAGGAAUCACCUUCUCCGUUCCCAUCAUUACCAACCCCUGAUUACCGAAGUGCUGGGGCAUGAGCUUCCCAAAUACGCAAACAGCACCGUAAUCGACACCGCAAACAUGAUCCAGCACAUGCGUGAAUACACCCAGGGCACACCGCCAACACCGAACCAGUACCUCACCAUCAGCAACAUGGUGGAGGACUACCUCGCUAAAAACACCAUCUCGCAGCACGCAUGGCACGUAGAUAACAUGACGCAUCCACCCGUGCCCCAGGACUCCUCAAAUAAUGGUCACCGCAAGUACCUCCAUACUGCUAGUAUGAGGUCAUGCUCAGCAAAGCGCUCAGAAACCCUCCACUGUUUCUGUGCUGCCGUCCACCAGCGCUGGCUCGACACUCCGGCUUCCCUGCGGGGCACGCCUUUUACCUUUCCGCCCGCUGAAGUCGGAUACUCACGCCACUCUCACUGUCGACUUCGCCAGCACAGCCUGCGGCAGUCGUCAAACUAUAUUAUGAAUCUUUUCGAGGACAUAUGUAGCUAUCUGCAUCGGAUCGGGGUGUUUGAGCAGCAGUUCAGCAUGCAUGGGUACAUUAUCUUUUUGCUGUUUCGGGCAAAUCAGGCUGCUAUUGCGGAAAUAUUUUGCUCCGGGCUGCUGCAGGUAUGGGUGGAGGGUGGAGGCGGAUUUAAUGCAUGUCCUGCGGGAAGGAGCGUGGCUACUGCGAAGCGGGUGGAUGAGGGGGAGUGGGCGGGCUAUGAGCGGUGGGUGAGAGAGGAUUCGGGUGCUGUGGAGAAUAUGAGGGUGCAGCGGCAAAGGGCUGAGGAGUGGCGGAUGGCGCUGGAGUGGGAGGAUGAAGAGGGUAAGGAGAGGCAUGGUGAUUGUGUGUAG